GGCAUGGAUGUGAAACCAGAGAGCUCACAGGUUUGACACUCAGUUAGUGUCAACCUGCUUUUUCCUGAAACAUUGAUUCUGUGAAGAGGUGGACGACCACUUGCAGUUUAUCACGAGGAGUAACAGGGAAUGAAUAAUAAACAUGACACAGAGGUUACUGGUAAAGCUUGAUACGCUGAAGAAGUAUACAAUGAAAAGGCUGGCUAAAUAUGAAAAGAUGGAAAGUCCAAGUCUUGGGAAAGUACAAUUAAGCCCAUUUGUAAAAACUCAACUGAUGGUUGAACUUAAACUGGAUUAUGAAUUGUCUCCUGCUGGAAAAUCAAGCUUUUUUGCUUCUACUGAGCAUGUUGCUGGAUCUAGUCACAUUUCAGCUUAUUAUCAAGAAAGGCCUAGAUCUGUGUCAGCAGCACACAUAACUAGGAAGAAACCUGCUCUGAGGCCAUCUAGUGCUCCAAACAACUUGAAAGCUAAACGAAGUGAUAAGAAAGGGAAGCUGCAGACUUUAGAUGGAGGCUUCGUUAUCUUGAAGCUAAACCGAAAGCUAAAACCACUUCAUUUCACCACAGAAGUUCAGAAAAGACCAGAAAGGAUCUCUCAUGAUGAAAGCAAAAUUUUGGAUAACACAGACACUUACCAUCGUUUACCUGCAGCAGCCAGGAGACAAGAUGAACAACCAACUGUGGCUAUGGAAAAAGGUGAAAGAACAGACCAAUCCAGAAUGCAAGAGGAGAUCAGCAAUCAGGAUGCUCAACAGGUGGAGAAAGACAAUAAAGUUAGAUUCUAUAUCAAUGGACAUGUUUUACCAUAUGACCCAAAUACAAGGAAAUACAUUCCUCUGGAUGAAACUGUAAUGCCUGAGGGAGAGAGGAUUGAGACAAGUACCAUUGACUCCAAGGACAAUGUUUUGAAAGAAAAGGAAAGCUUCAUCCCCUUGAGCAUCGAGGAUGAAAUUGAGAAACCAAAUGCCAAAAUAAUCCAAGUUGACUUGCCAAAAGCUAAACCACUGACUCCAAUGAAAAUGAGUGAAACACAUCCUGUGUUGUGCAACAAUGAAAGAUAUCUGCAAAAACUUAUUUUGGAUAAAUAUGUCAACCAGUAUGGAGAUAAAGGGUUUUCUGACACAUGUGUGGUAUUUACACACUUAAAUCCAAUUCUACAAAACAACUAUAAUGAAACCCUCACAAUACUUCAAAGUCCAAAUUUUGCUUCUAAAGUAACAGCAAAGAAGAAGAAAAAGCCCACAACGUUCAGCAUACGCCAAAUCCUCAGUGCUGAGGUUUCAUCCAGAGAGAAAAAACAUUGUAAUCCCAUGCAUUCUCAGAUAGGGAAACCAGUAGGGCAGAAAAUGCCUGGAAGCUUCACUAAUGCUAACAGACCCAUUACAAAAGAAGCUGUAAAAGAAAAAUAUGUUUCACAGCCAAUUCAUAAGAACAAGAAAUAUGAAUUUGUAGUAUGCGGGGUGCAUCUUAAAACUGAUGUAUACCAUGAAAUUGUGUCAGCUGAUGGGAUUUCAGGAACCAGAUCUCAAGUCCUGGACUCCUUGGACAAGUCCAUAACUCCAACUGAAGCAGUCCCUAAGAAAAGAGUGCUUUUUGUGGACUACAUACCCAUUUCAAAGCCAGUUAAAAUAUAUACAUAUGGUGACAAACUCUCUUACGAGGACUCCUCUCUUCCAGUUAACAAUUACUCAGUAAUAAAUGAUUGCACAGAAGGCAUAGCAAUCAAGAAAGGCCGAUCUGAUGUUAACCAGGAUGCUUCUGACAAGAAAGCCUUCCUGGAUAAAACCAGCCUGGAUAGCAUGGAAUUUCCAGGAUCCUGCCACCCAUUUUCAUUUGAAGAUGACAGUGAGAUAUCAAGCAGUACAAUAUCAACAUUCUCAUCAAAAGGCUUUCAAACAGAAGUAAGCACUACAUUUAAGUCCCAGAAGGGAGAACAGCAACCAGUUAUAUUAUCCCCUUCUCGAGUUAUAAGCAUACCAACCGCACAAUGUGAUGCCUCUGAGCCCAACAAGGACCUGCCUGUGCAGAAGAUUAUUCAUCAUUGAUCUAAAGUGGUGAUCAGCACUAACUUCUGUCUCUGAAAUGGAUUUUGUGUUGUUUGUAUUUCCUUCUGUCGUGUUAGUAAAACUAGAGAAUAA